AUGACAAUGGUGCUUGAUGGAGUUGAUGAAACUAUCCUCGAUUUCAUCCAACCAAAUCCUUACUCUCAAUAUGCUAAGGCAACCAAGACUUUGGAGGAAUUCUCAAAGAUGUCUAUCAAUGAUUUCAAUCCAAAUAAUGAGAAACUUCAGGCCAUCAUCUCAUUGUUUGGUAUAGCUUCCAGAGAGGAUCUGAUCAGGGCAAUGACCAAGAGCCACAUAGAUGUGACUCAAGAUGAUAUCAACAAAUUUGAGGUCAAGAAAAGCUCAAAGGUCGGUGUAUACAACCUUUAUAUGCUCUCCAAACUGAUUGAACUCAUCAAUAUCAAGCUCAACAAGGCUUGUCUUCAAGAUCUCCCAAAGGAUACUCCCGUGCCUGAAGGAGCAAGGGUGCUGACUUUGGUCCAAAUCCCCUUGCACGAUAAGGUCGGCAUGGGAUUGGCAGCAUUCCUCAGGAAUAGAUUCGUCGAUAACAAUUCCGAUCUAUUAUUCAAACAAACCAUACCUUAUCAGGAGAGGGUGAUCGAGGCUGGUUUGGCCACAUCAAAAGACAAAGUGACAGCUAGUCACACGGUAGCUGAUUUCAAUACCGCAUCAGAUUGUAUUGUUAGAGCAGCUAAAUCAAUCGAGGGCUCAAUAUUCAGUCCAAUGAGCAAACAAGAUAGACAUGGCGUCAGUGUAUACUCCAAUGGCAAGAGGGUUAGAAUGGCAUCAUGCACUAACCAGAAAUUCAGUAUGGAGUUCGACGGACCAACCAUCCUUAAAGACAGCGAACGCGUCUAUCCUGAUGAGUUCAGGAAUUCUCUCAUUUUCAAUGACUACCAACAUUUGUUCCUGAGUGAUCGAGAGCUCUGGGAGCAUAACCUAUCAUGCCACAUGAGGGACGAUCCAUAUGCUCACAACUAUUUUGUCAUUAACUUGGAUUCAAGCACUUUGAGUGUAGAGUCGAUCCUGGAGGAGACUGGCAUCUCAUUGUUGAUAGACCUACCAAUGAAGCAUUGGACCAAGUAUAGUCAUGAUUUAUUCAUCUCUACUUAUAAUUCAUUGUUUACAGACAAGAUCGUUGGAGAUAAGGUGAAGAGAAUCCUCCAGUUAUUGUCCACCCUCACGGGUGUUCAGUACCGGGUUGGCAAGUAUAAAGUGUUCAUUUCUUCCCUUGUCGUGGAUGCCCUUAACCAACUAGUCGCUAAUUUACCAAAGGAGGUCUUGGGUAACCAGUUGUCAUCUUCUCCUUUUACUCCUUCAAGAUCCACUCUACCAUCAACACCAACCGCCAAAGAGAAUUAUAAUGGUGGAAGCAAUGUACUUUUUGACAAACUCAACUCUGCCAAGGGUAAAGAGCGUGUGCCAACCCAGGGAGUGGAGAUGAAAGUGUUCUCAACGAACAAUUUCAUCCUGAGCAGCCCUUCCAACGACGAUGACUCAACCAGCGACAACCACAGCAUCAACUACAAUGGAGGCAUGGAAGUCCCAGUUUCCAAUCUGAGAGAUAUCGAUAUUCCAACUCAAUCCAAUGACAUUAAUGCCGGCGAUGACAGCAACAACAACGAUCAUGUUAGGAUCCAGAUUGAGGAAUUUAUACCCAGAUUGGUCGAUGAUCCAAAGUACGAAGAUGGAGCAAAGUUUGGUGGCAUUUGGAAAGAACAACUAGUUUGUUUGAUUGAUCUUGUUGAACGUCUAAUCAAAGGUCAAAUCGAGGAACACAUAGAUGAAUUGUUCCUAGGAAUUAUUAUAUAUAUCGAUAGAUUCCUCUAUUCCAACUUGAUGUGGCGUAAAGAUUAUGGAGUCAAUAUUCUAAUCCCACCCAUUAUCAAGGGCCUCAAUGACUACAUACUCAAGUUUGGCUACCACCAUCACAAUCCAGUUGAUGGUGCCAAUGUCCAGCAGGUGGAAGAACCAACCAUUAUCAGAUCUGGUAUAAGAUGGUACCUCCUCCAGUACUAUGAUGAACUCAACACCGACCUAGAGUAUGCUAGUCUGAUGACCACUUUGACCGAAUGGUUCUCCCUUGUCUCAAAGAGUGACGCCUUCUAUCUCAGUAUAUUGGACCCAAAGUAUGGUCAGAAAGGAAGGAGCAUAAGGGUACUCUUCAAUGGACUGCAGCGUGUUGCUGAGAGGACCUACUCCAAGCCAGAGUAUGCUGAAGCCACACGCAAUCUGAUCAAGGCAGUGGCCAACAUGACCUCUGAUCUUAGGAUCACCAAUCUAUUGGUUGAAGGCUGGGUCGUCAACAUCCUCAACUAUCUCAAACUACGAUUGGACAAGCUUAUCUAUGCAUUGAUAUUCAAACUUAGGGAAGACCCAGUUGCCCAGGCUGGUAUCAUUAGGAUCGCCAGGAACAUGUCUUCCAACAAGAUAUUGUGUCAUGAUCUGAUCAAAGCUGGGGUCGUUACAAAGUUGGUCGGUAGUCUUCCGCUUGGACAGGAGAUUGUAGUCCAGGAGUUCACUGGUCUCAUCGUCGGUAUCAAGGACAGCCUCCAACAAGACAUUCAGGAGCAAUUCAGAGGUGUGGAGGACCAGAUGGAGGGUGUUGGCUACAUCAUGCUCCACAUGAUACUCACCAAGGAUAAUGAGCAGGAGAGGGCAAGACUAUGUGUACACCUUGAGAGUCUUUGGAAAGCAUCCACCAACGUCAAGUAUGAGGUCAGCGUUGCAAAGAGUCGCAACAUCCUUCAAAAGGGUGUAGGCUACAUCCUUGGUUGGUACAGAGCAUUGGCUGUUGAUAGUCUAGCAGGUGGUCUCAACGCAGCUACACUGGUUGAAUCAAUCUUAGUUGAUGCAAGGGCGAAGUCCAUGAUCACAGCCAAGUGCAAGAGAGCAAUGAAGAGUCUAAGGAUAAGAGAGGAGAAGACUGUGCUGCCACAGCAGGCGCAGCAGGAGCAGGAGCAGGAGCAGGAGCAGCAACAGGUGCAAGAGCAGCAGUAG